AUGAAAAUUGGCACGGCGUUUAGCGCGAAAAUUUUUGAUGAACGGCACCGUAUUGACAGAACAUCAUUGGCAAACGAUAGGACCGUGCCAAUGUCUCGAGCUGCGCUUGCGACAGUCAGGUGGGGUCGAAGGGAGAUAAAUCGAGAGCCUGCCGAACCGUCUAGGACAGCAGUCUCUAACGAGCCAUACACCAGUUCACACGCACUUCUCGAAUAA